ACAUCCAUCCGUCUUGAGUACUCUUCGCCAAACAACCAAAUACUAGAGCUUGCAUUGUUACUUGACCAUCAUCACCAUGGCUCUUCUUCCCUGCAGUCCGCUUCUUGUAAUUCCUGUCACCUUUUUGCUCACGGCAACAAUAAUCAUGGUUGUCGACUCCACGGCAUCGCCAAGCAACCACACCGACCUCGCCGCGCUGCUUGCCUUCAAAGCCCAGCUCUCCGACCCUCUCGGCAUCCUUGGGCGAAGCUGGACUGAGAACGUGUCCUUGUGCAGCUGGGUCGGCGUAUCGUGCAGCCGGCGCCGGCAGCGUGCCACCGCUCUCGUUCUGCCGGACGUUCCACUCCAGGGAGAGAUCAGCCCCCACAUCGGUAACCUCUCCUUCCUCUCCGUCCUCAACCUCACCAACGCCAGCCUCUUUGGUUCCAUCCCGUCGGAUAUUGGCAGGCUGCCUCGCCUGCGAUAUCUUCAUCUCGGUAACAACACCUUGUCAGAUUCCAUCCCAUCCGCCAUGGGAAACCUCACGAGGCUCCAGUUUCUGUCCCUGGACCGUAACCGCCUCUCGGGGCAGAUCCCGGCAGAGCUGCAAAAGCUGCACAAUCUUGCACACAUCAGUCUAUUUGCGAAUUACUUGAGUGGCCAUGUACCGACUCUUGUGUUCAACAACUCCAGCUCCUUAAGUUACAUAAGUCUUGGCAACAACAGCCUGUCAGGACACAUACCCGACGGGAUUGGCUCCUUGCCUAUGCUUCGAGUCCUUAUUGUUCAGAAAAACCAGCUCUCCGGCUCGAUACCACCAACCAUCUUCAACAUGUCCAUGCUUGAGGUGCUUUACGUCACUGAAAACAAUCUGACCGGGCCCAUCCCAGGAAACAAGAGCUUUAACCUUCCCAUGAUCCAGGUGAUGUCACUAUCUUAUAACAAAUUCCAAGGCCUGAUUCCACUUGGAAUCGCAGGAUGCCAGAAGCUCCAAAUAAUUGGCUUGGACAAUAAUCUCUUUGCGGAUAGUGUGCCAGCGUGGUUAGCUCAGCUAUCCCAGCUCUAUUGGAUUAGUAUUGGUGCAAAUGAUCUCAUCGGUCCGAUCCCCGGUGUCCUCAGCAAUCUCACCAUGCUCAGCAUUCUUGACAUGGCAUUUUCAAACCUAAGCGGAACAAUCCCAGAGGAGCUAGGAAAGAUGACGCAGCUUACAUAUUUGCACCUCUCAAAAAAUCAAUUGACAGGCCCCUUCCCUGCAUUUAUCGGUAACUUAACCCUACUGUCCAUAUUGGAGUUAGACGCGAACCUGCUGACUGGGCCAGUACCAAGGACCAUUGGGAACCUGACAUCUCUUAACCGCUUCAUUGUUAGACACAAUCAUCUACAAGGGGAACUCGACAUCUUUGCAGCUCUAUCCAACUGCAGGCAGCUUCAGUAUCUUGACAUAGCAGGGAAUUCUUUUAUAGGGACCGUUGCGGAUUCCUUUGCAAACCUGUCUAGCCAAUUGGAAGUUUUGGUCGCAUAUAGUAACAACAUAACUGGCAGUAUUCCAGCUACAAUAUCUAAUCUGGCAAACCUGAAUAUGCUAGACCUUUCUUACAACCAAAUAACCGGUACAAUCCCAGAUUCCAUAGGGCUACUAGAGAGUCUGCAGUUUUUAGACCUCUCCAUGAAUACCAUGUUUGGCCCAGUCCCGGCUCGUGUUGGUACCCUAAGAACAAUAAAUACCAUUUAUCUCGAUAACAACUAUUUUGAUGGCUCCAUUCCUGAUAGCCUUAGUAACCUAAGCGCGUUGCAGUACCUAUCACUGUCAAAUAAUCGGUUGUCAUCAGCCAUACCCACGAAUUUAUUUAACCUUAGUACCCUUCUCGAACUAGAUCUUUCUCACAACACCAUAACAGGUACAUUGCCUUCUGAUCUCAGUUCCUUGAAAGCAAUUGACCUCAUAGAUAUCUCUAUGAACCAUUUGUCUGGUAGCCUCCCAAUUUCGUUUGGAGAGUCCAACCUCUUAAUAACCUAUCUAAAUCUGUCACACAACAUUCUAAGCAAUUUGGUCCCAAACUCUUUCAAACGUUUAAUUACUUUAGAAACAUUAGACCUGUCUUAUAACGAUCUUUCAGGUGGCAUACCAAAGUACUUCGCCAACUUAACCUAUCUGACCACUUUGAACCUAUCAUUCAAUAAUCUCGAAGGUCAGAUACCAAAUGGAGGUGUUUUCUCAAACAUCACCUUGCAAUCUUUGAUGGGGAAUGUCGGAUUGUGUGGUGCUCCACGUCUAGGAUUUUCACCAUGUCACAAGUCCCACUCAAUUGAUAUUCGCUUCCUGAAGUUUGUACUCCCAAUUAUCACAGUGACACUUGGUGCCAUUGCUGUUUGCUCAUACUUGAUCAUUAAACGCAAAACUAAAAAGCCAGAUGUUACAACUUCUUUUGCUAUGGUUGAUGCGAUCGGCCAUAGGCUAGUGUCCUACCAUGAAAUCGUUCGUGCCACUGCAAAUUUCAGUGAGGACAACCUUCUUGGAACGGGAAGUUUUGGCAAGGUUUUCAAGGGUCGACUUGAUGAUGGUUUGUUGGUUGCAGUCAAAGUUCUAAACAUGGAGGUUGACCGAUCUGUGAGGAGUUUUGAUGCAGAGUGCCAUGCCUUGCGGAUGGCCAGACAUCGCAACUUGAUAAAGAUAUUAAACACGUGUUCCAACUUGGAUUUCAGAGCACUGCUACUUCAGUUCAUGCCCAAUGGUAGCUUGGAGUCAUACUUGUACACCGAAGGCAGGUCUUGCGAAGGAGCAUUACUUAAAAGGCUGGAGAUUGUGCUAGAUGUAUCCAUGGCUAUGGAAUAUCUGCACCAUCGGCACCACGAGGUUAUCCUGCACUGUGACUUGAAACCUAGCAAUGUGCUAUUUGAUGAAGAUAUGAUUGCACAUGUGGCGGAUUUUGGCAUAGCAAAGAUCCUGUUAGGAGAUGAUCACUCCACGGUUUCAGCAAGCAUGCCAGGGACAAUCGGAUACAUGGCGCCAGAGUACGCACUCAUGGGACAGGCAUCCCGGAAGAGCGAUGUUUUCAGCUUCGGCAUCAUGAUUCUUGAGGUCUUCACGGGGAAAAGGCCUACACACCCCAUGUUCGUUGGAGGAUUGACCCUGAGGCAAUGGGUUUCUCAGGCUUUUCCUAGAAAUCUUAAUAAUGUUGCAGAUGAGAAGCUACUGCAAGAUGAAGAAGCACGUCUUUGCAUUGGUAAUCAGACGGAGAUUUCCUUGGCAUCUUCUUCGACUAGCAUGGAUAACAACUUCCUCUUGUCAAUAUUUGAGGUGGGCCUGAUAUGUUCCAGUGAGUCACCUGAGGAGAGGGUGUCCAUGAACGAUGUGGUUUCAAAGCUGAAGGACAUAAAAAAGGACUACUCUGCAGCCUUGCAACGCCUACAUAUCACUAGAUAAAUCCUCCGAUAUAUGACAUGCAUUGCGUCAAUUUGGGUUUCCAUUGUUCUGCAAGAACAACUCGUUUAAUUGCAUACAUGCUGCAAUGCUAUUUAUUGUUCUUUAGCUAAUUGGCAUAUCUGCAAGUUAGUCAAAUAUUGUUGUAUCAAUGUACUAGAAUAUGUUUGCAUAAACCCUGACGAACUGAUGAUGAUUUAUGACUGUGCCAUCUCA